GGAGGGCGCGGACAGACAGACCGACCUCGUCGGGAUGGGGGGUGUGGCUGCUCCGCCAGGGUCCGGCGGGUGGGAGAGCGGCUCCGCGACCACCGGUGGCCGGGGCCCUUCUGCCUUCUAGAGAUGCUUUUCUUCUCGUUUCAUGCAGGCUCCUGGGAAAGCUGGUGCUGCUGUUGCUGCCUGAUUCCACCCGACAGACCUUGGGACCGGGGCCGGCGCUGGCGGCUGGAGAUGGCGGACACGAGAUCCGUGCAUGAAACCAGAUUUGAGGCAGCGGUGAAGGUGAUCCAGAGUUUGCCGAAAAAUGGUUCAUUCCAGCCAACAAAUGAAAUGAUGCUCAAGUUCUAUAGCUUCUAUAAGCAGGCAACUGAAGGACCCUGUAAACUAUCAAGGCCUGCAUUCUGGGAUCCUAUUGGAAGAUAUAAAUGGGAUGCUUGGAGUUCAUUGGGUGAUAUGACCAAAGAGGAAGCCAUGAUUGCAUAUGUUGAAGAAAUGAAAAAGAUUCUUGAAACUAUGCCCAUGACUGAAAAAGUUGAAGAACUGCUUCAUGUCAUUGGUCCAUUUUAUGAAAUUGUGGAGGACAAAAAGAGUGGCAGAAGUUCUGAUUUAACCUCAGUCCGACUGGAGAAAAUCUCUAAAUACUUAGAAGAUCUUGGUAAUGCUCUGACUUCUACUCCAAAUGCCAAAACUGUUAAUGGUAAAGCUGAAAGCAGCGAUAGUGGAGCUGAGUCUGAGGAAGAAGAGGCCCAAGAAGAAGUAAAAGGAGCAGAACAAUGUGAUAAUGAAAAGAAAAUGAUGAAGAAAUCUGCAGACCAUAAGAAUUUGGAAAUCGUUGUCACUAAUGGCUACGAUAAAGACAGCAUUGUUCAGGGGGUACAGAAGGACAUUCCUGCCAGCUCCUCCCAGGACGGCAAAGACGCUGAGGAAGUAAAACAUGUAGAUCAAAACUUGGAGCAAACUGGGCAGACUGCUGUCUGCAUUCAACAAGAUAUAAACGAUGAUCAUGUUGAAGAUGUUUCAGGAAUUCAACAUUUGACGAGUGAUUCAGACAGUGAAGUCUACUGUGAUUCCAUGGAGCAAUUUGGACAAGAAGAGUCUUUAGAUAGCUUUACGUCAAACAGUGGGCCAUUUCGAUAUUACUUGGGUGGUGAUCCCAGUCAGCCCUUGGAAAGCUCUGGUUUUCCUGAAGACGUUCAAGUAUCUUCCGGAAAUGGCAGCACUGGGGAUGUGCAGGCAGAAGCAGUCGAAGGAAAAGGUGAAGUAAAGCAUGGAGGAGAAGACGGCAGGAGUAACAGUGGAGCGCCACACCGUGAGAAACGGGCUGGGGAAAAUGAGGAAUUCUCUAAUGUCAGAAGAGGGAGAGGGCACAGGAUGCAGCAUUUGAGUGAAGGAAACAAGGGUCGGCAAGUGGGCAGUGGAGGUGAUGGGGAGCGCUGGGGCUCGGACAGAGGGUCGAGGGGCAGCCUCAACGAGCAGAUUGCUCUUGUGCUCAUGCGCCUGCAGGAGGACAUGCAGAGCGUCCUCCAGAGACUGCACAAGCUGGAGACCCUGACGGCUUCACAGGCAAAAUCAUCAGCAUUACAGACCAGUAAUCAGCCCCCUUCACCGAGACCGUCUUGGUGGCCCUUUGAGAUGUCUCCUGGUGCAUUAACUUUUGCUAUCAUAUGGCCUUUUAUUGCCCAGUGGUUGGUGUAUUUAUAUUAUCAAAGAAGGAGAAGUGUUUCAUCACCAUUUCCCAUUAAGUAACAACAGAUGGAGAAAAGAGAUAUAGAAUAUCUGAUGAAAACUGAACUGAAGAGCAUGACACUUACCGAAGAGGACUGUUGGCCUGGAUGAGCUCGGAAUACGAUGGAUUGUGGAGCUCACACGAAAACCCUAGUUUGUGAUGAUUACAUUUCUUUUUGUUGUCCAGUAGUUUGGUUUGUGUACAUAUAUACAUAUAUAUAUUUUGCACUACACAAAUGAUAACAUUUUAAGGACUAAUAUUGCUGAUACUUGAAUAAUCAAUCUCAACUAGGUUAUAAAUGGUAUACAUAGAUGUAUUUACCCCACCCUUGAACUUGAAGGACAUUAAAUUAUUAAUUAUUGUUUGGUAACAUGUAUACCUGAUUAUCUCCCAUAGAGAAAUAUAAGCUGCUUUUCCAAAGGUACAGUUGUGAUCAUGAAAACAGAUUUAUAACUGGGUAUUUUUAAUUUUCCAAAUUAAAUAUGAGCAAGAAUGCAAACCAGGAGUGAGUUUCAAGUGAGAUUAAAUCGGCUUUCUUUCUUAGUCACUGAAGCGCCAUGCCAAGGAGUAGAAAAUGGCUGGAAGAAUCUUCUCUACAUCCAUCCACUUCAUGGGCUGCCCACCCGUAAUCUUUCUUGGGCUCACAGCUCUAACGUUAGUGUUCAGGCAUCAUUAUGACAAAGUAGAGUCCUAGGUACUUGGCUUAGUUUUAACAAAUGAUUCACAGAAUGGCCAUAACCUGCUAAUGAAAGUGAUGAAGAGGGGCCUACAGUAGGUUUGACAGUGUAUUCUCAACCUGCAGAUCAUGCAUAAGAUUUGUAUUCAAUCACAUACAUCGAUUCCUUUGUAAUCAUUUUUCUUUAACUGAGGAUAUCUUGUUUCUGCUUCAUAGGGUGCUUUGAAAUAUAAAAUGAAAACUUAUUUAUACUGUUUUUACAAAGGUCAAAAAGGAGACACAUGAAUAUCACUUUUCUGCAACUGGUAAACUACACAGACCGGACUCUCAACCUCUUCGUGCCUCAGGUUUUCCUUCGGGGGUAAUAUUUGCGAUAAACCUACUUCACCAGGGUAUUGGAGGGAUUUGCAAGCUAGCAGGCCAUGUGCUUCCAUGUGAACAAGACACAGCCAACUGGUGUAAAUUUAAGUGUCUCCCCUCCCCCACCAACCUACCACAUUUAGAUCCUUGAAGGCUUUGUUUGGAAUGAUUCUUCCUGUAUACCUUUUAAAACUACCUUCUCAUGUAGAUAUACCUUGUACUUUAAAGAUUUGUCUGAUUCAAAGUCUUAGUAUCAAAUAAUUAAAAAAUAUUCUUGGUAUGUAUGAUGUUGAGUUUAACAUCAUGUGUUCAGAGUGUUUUCAAUAAGAAAGUAACCCAUCCCUAGUAUAGAGGGUGGUUCUCUGUUUACCUGAAGAAAAAAGCAGAAGAAUAUGAUUUGCUUUUCCUAAGACUCUUUUUUCCUUACAGGUAACUUGAUGUUUUUUAUUUUUUAACCCCAUCUUGAUUAAAAUGUGUCUGUCUCAAGGGAUCUACUACUAUUUGCCUUUUAAAAACUGUCCUCUAUUUCAGGAAAAAAAAUGAAGCAAGUAACCCUGCAUUAUAAGUAAAAAUAAAACUUAGACCUGUGGAUCAGGGAUUAUUUUCAAAAAUUAGCUAUCAAUCUGGUAUCAGAAAAUGGUGGCUUUUUCUCUUAGUAUGUAAAUAAAUAAGAUGCAAAUUAAGAAUGAAAGUAGUUGUGAUUCAUUGAAGCAGUUGGGGGCUACUAACUCCUAGGUAUAACUAUUUGUAUCCUAUUCCGAAGUCUUAUUUUAUAGUUUGAAAAGCACUUUGCACACAGUUCUUGUAUAUACAAGUAAAGAUGAUGAAAUUAUAGGAUAUAGUGGUACCGUUUUGUUUAACAAGAACCUCAUUUAAAAUUUUAAAUUGACAGCUACGGUAUUUUUUUAACGAUCUACUUCUUUUCUGUUUCUUUAUUGUAAAACCAAGUUAAAAAUAAAAGGUUAAUGAGAAA